AUGAGUGCUUGCAGGCGAAGUCAUGCACCGCCAACAGGCCUGCAUCCAGAGGAGCUGAUUCAACCCACCCCACCCGAAGGACGAGACCAAUUGCUUAUUCCAGGAGAAAAUAAUCAAGCUCCGCAAGUGACACUUACAUCUGGAGGGAGUGAAAAGCAACUAGAAGAAGAACAAGGUCAUGAAAGGAAAAGAGAGGUCUCUCUCAAGAACCAGGCCGUCCUCCGCCGCCGGAAAGUCGCCGGAAAUCAUCGCAGCUGCCCGAAGUCGCCGGAAGCUGNGCCUCAGCUUGAUCACGCGAAGGCAUCGUGCAACGCACGUUCGCGUGGCCCAGACGCACGCACGCCUAGUCUUACCCGGAGUAGGAGUCCCGCAGCGCACGACCCAUACGCGCCCGAGAUCCCAGCGUCGUCUGCGAUCGUUCCAGCACUCGCGCGUCCCGUCCAGCGUCAGACGCGACCCGCGUGA